UUUUUUUCUUUUUUAAUAAUAAUAUUCAUAAUCAUAACUUAUUAUAUGAUAUGUUGAGUCUCCGAAUACGUCCAGUUUUUUCCUUCUUUCUUUUCUUUCCCUUUUUUUCUUUCUUUCUUCUUUUCUUUCUUUUACCUUUAAUCUUUUCACUAUACUUUUAUGACGACUGAAACCACUAUAAGCGAUGCUAUUUCACAGCUAGAAAUGCUGGGUAUCGAUAGAAAAAAGGCCAUUAAUGCUUUAAGUCGUUAUAACUACAAUGUGGAAAGAGCUGCUGAUUUUAUAUUCUCUGGUGGGGCAGACACUGAAGAAAGCUUCUUCUUGAACGAAACAGAAUUUACGAGGAAUAACAAUGAAGAUUUUCUUUGGUCUCAAGCAACUCCAUUUGACAAAAUUUCUACUACUACUACUACUGAACAACCAUCGCAAAUCCAACAACAUAUAUCUAUAAAUGAUCAUUCUACGGUUACUUCUCAUACUGAAGCAGAAGAAGAAGGAGAAGAAGAAGAGGAUAUGGAACAAGAGCAAAAACGUGCUGUUUUAAUCAAGGAUUAUCAGAAUCAAGGCAAAUCUUCAGAUGUUACACGCGAUAAUGCUAGUUGGAGUGUUGUUCCUUUUACUGCGAAUUCUUCUUUGACUUGGUGGAGAGAUCCUGAUGCUCCGUCUGAUCGUGCUGCCAUAGAUAAUAUACCCAUUGGAUUGCGUCCUCCUUCAUAUCACUUCGCCUAUGCACCAAUCAUCAUUCAAGCUUUAUUCCAUAUUACUCUUUUUCGAUCUGCUAUCCUCUCAUAUCGACCAACACCGCAAACUUGGGGAAAUUCCACCAAUUAUUGGAAAGGAUUUGGAGAACCUGUACAUGGAUAUAUUGUCAAACCACCACCACAACAACAACGACAGCAACAAUCUUCCCAAUUAACAUCCGAUGAUACUAUAAUGACAAUAGAUAAGGAUGAAAGUAUUUCACUGACACCAAACAUAAUGGAUUCUUCAAUCAACAACAAUGUAAAUGGUCCUACUACUGACAUCUGGGAUAGCAUACCUGAUCGAAAAGAAUUUCAGCCUGAUGAACCGAAACCUAUGACGACAAUGACUGAGCCAAGUGACACAUCUAUAUUGAGAAUGGAUGAACUAGUGUCUAUGACAAAGGAUCAAAUAGGGUCAAAGCCUUAGCAGAACUACAAAAACUUUUUGCCUUUCUUGGAAACACAAAACGGUUAUAUGGAUCAAUAGCUCAUUUUGUCAGAGCGAUCAAUACACGCGUAGUGACUUCAUCAACUGAGU